CAAGCGACGCAAAAGUCGCAAUUGCUACCCCUAUCGCUGCCGCCGGGCUGCAGAAAGUACAAAGGCAUCACCCCUGCUCCGCGUGCUGCCGCUGCGCACCGCUACUCCGAUCUCUAACUCGCAUAGAUCACCAUGGGUCGCGUCGCGCGCCGCCGCAGCGCCAAGCGCCGUCGCAUGCGCCCGUAUACUACGAUCGACGGCCUCCUGCGGGCGGCCCGGCGCCACGCACUACAGUCCACGGCCGCGCCGUCGCUGCCGCUGCCAUUCCGGACGCCGCAGCUGCGGCCGGCGAGGAAUGCAGUGCGCGUUGUACGCCAUUUGUCCGGACUAGGAGCCGUGGCCGCGAAGGACCUGCCCGCGGGCACGACGCUCGUGUGCGAGAAGGCGUUGGCCAUGGUCCUCGACGCGCAAGUUGACAGCAUAACUGAGGACGACACGGACACGAAUCCAAACAAGGUUCAUUACAUCCCAAGUGGCGGCGACAACGCCGACAGCGCGUUGCUCAUUUUGAGAAUCGCCUCCCGCAUAAAUGAAGAGCCUUCAUUCGUAGAGGAGCUGUCCAUGCUCUUUCCUCGCACUGAUGACGACCUGUCCAAGUUGAGACCGUGGAGCUGCGCGCCGCACCUCCGGAGCCUCGUCGACGCGGCCCUCUCCACUUUAGAUGACUCGCUCGCAAAGCGCUUGCCGCACAUCGUGCGCUACAACGCGGUCUCCUGCGAGACCGGUGGUGAGUUAUACUCUCAUGCGACGUCUUCCGAAGCACUACUGUCGGGCAUCGCCUUGUUUCGGGAUUCCUCGGUGUUCAACCAUAGUAAUGAACCCAAUGUGGCGAGGUGGCACUGCGGCGACGUCGUCUGUUUCCGGACAAAUCGGGCCGUCGCAGCCGGCGAGGCCUUGACGGUGAGCUACGUGGCGUCGCCUUUACUCCCCGACCCCGCAGCGGCGCGCGGCGCGCUGGCCCACUUCGACUUUGUGGCCGAUGGCGAGGAGGCGUCGCCGGCGGUGGACGCAGAGGCCCAGGCUCAACUGAUGAUGCUCUCGCCGUCGGAGCGCCUGGCGACGAUCGCGCAAGCCGAGGCCGCGGCAUCGCUGUUCGCCGACCGCUUGGAGUUGACAAUACAAAAAGCGGCCGCGCUCCAGGCGUCCGGCGACGCCGGCGCCGCCGCCGAGGCGUGGCUCACUGCUGUACUCGCGGCCUCGGAGUGGCUGCCGCCGAACGACGAGCAGGUCGCGGCGAUCGGCGUCCAGUGCGCGAAGGCUCUGGCCCACGCGGACGGUUUGGAGGCGGCCCGAGCGGUCCUCAAGGCCGCCUACGCGUCGCAUUCAAUUUCGUUCGGGCCCGGCGUGCGGUUGUUUGCGAGGCGCUACGAGGCCGAUCUCCUGCUGCCGCCCGAGGCGCCCGAAGAGUUGCUAAUCACAUUGGUCACUUAAUCAUAACAUGUCCCGUCGACUGUGGGGGGGAGCGGUCGCCUCGCGCUCGUCUCGACGGCGGUCGAAGGCGCGAAGUCCCCCGUGGAGUAA